AUGACAGCCUCCGCAGAGCGCUCGACCACCAAGGGAUGGAGAUCUUCCAGCCAGUUCAUCAUCGGGACCGCGUGCCUGGCCAUGUUUACUGAGUCGCUUUUAGCCGGUUUCCCCGUGCCGAUGCUCCCGUAUAUGCUGGAAGAGCGCCUUCACAACGACCCCUCCCAAACCACUGCUACUACCAACAGCCUGCUCAGUCUACACGGCCUGGCGUCAAUAAUCGCUGCCCCUUCUUGCGCGGCUUUGUUCGACACUAUCCCAAACCAGAAAAUCCCGCUUUAUCUGGCACUUGUGCUUUGCCUGGCUGGGACUGCGCUGUUUGCAAUCACCACCACAUCAUGGGUGCUAUACCUGGGAAGGAUUCUGCAGGCUGUUGCUGGCUCGGCUGCGUGGCUCGCGUGUACGACCAUGCUCACCGAGCUCGCAGGUAGUGCUGGAGCUGGGGCAAUGUUGGGACUGAGCAUGUCUUGUGCAACCUUGGGAACGGUCAGCGGACCAAUGCUUGGAGGCGUUCUGUUGGGCUGGUUCGGAUACUGGCCAGCUUGGUCUCUACCAAUGGUUCUACUGAUUCUCGACAUGAUUGCGCGUUUUGUUGUCAUCCAGCCCGACCAUCAUUUACUGGAUUCACCGUCUUUAAUCAGACAUGCCGAGCGCAGCAAGCUAUGUCAUGAAAUGGAGGAAACUGUGACUGAAACGUCCCCCUUCCUGCCACAAUCGCCUUCAUUUGGCUCAGAUACCGCAGCAGAGGAGAAGUCUGACAACGCUGCAGCUACGAAAUAUCGCAAUUACUACACAGUAAUGCUCCAAGAUGCUGGAAUGUGGGCAGGCGUUCUGAAUACGAUGUCCCAAGCUGCACUACGGGCAGCAUUCAAUGCUACCUUGCCCGUGUAUCUUCGGGAUACCUUUAAUUGGGGCCCAUCGUCAGCCGGGGCGAUUUUCUUUGCCCUCCAAGUCCCUAUAAUCUUUUUCUCCCCCCUUGUUGGCCACCUCCGAGAUCGUGUCGGUACACGAUACCCAACGGCGGUCGGUUGGGCUCUUCUCUGCCCUCUGAUGUGCUACUUGGGCAUACCUGGCAGAGAGGUCCCUCAGGCUAGUGGGAGCCGGACAGGUGAAGAGGUCGCCUUUAUUGCGUGCAUAUGUGGUAUAGGCUUAGUGAUGCCAUCGGUUCAGGGUGCCGGAUCAUUUCACAUGCGCUUCCUCCUGGAGGAAGUUGAAAAAGAUGCUCCCACCAUGUUUGGUCCCAAUGGUGGGCGUGCGAGGUGCUUUGCGUUGGUGUCUAUCUCGUUCAAUAUCGGUCUGAUGCUGGGCCCAUUUGUUAUUGGAUGGCUGUUUGAGAAGGUGGGAUACUUUUAUAUGAAUAUCGUUCUCGGUGCUGCCUGCAUGGGGGUGGCGGGGGUGACUUUUAUAUUUUGUUGA